GAGCUGGGCCGUGUUCCUGCCACAUCCUCAGAUCCCCUCCACUCCCCUCUCUCUGCACGGAGGGAGGCAGCUGCGGCAGCAGCAGCACCACCAGCACCACCAGCGUGUGGGGAGUGGGCACUGCUGUCUCCGACCAGCUCCCUGAUCCUGCUAGACCAUCUGCCCUAGGCUCAAAGCUGUUCCACAGGCACCAUGCGGAGCGCCCUGCUGUUUGCAGCCAUUCUGGCUGUUAGCCUGGCUUACAGUUUUGGGGCUGUCUGUGAGGACUCACAGGAGCAGGUGGUGCCCGGUGGGGGCCACGACAAGAAGGACUUGGACCUCUACCAGCUGCCCCCUUCAUUGCUCCGGAAACUCUAUGACAGCCGCUCAGUCUCUCUGGGUGGAUUGCUGAAAAUGCUGAGCAAGGCUAGCAUGGAUUCCAUUCCCCAGUUACACAUUGUUCUUGCUUUCAUAGAUCCUAAGGAAUCGCCACUUCCCCAGAAACGUGACAUGCACGACUUCUUUGUGGGACUUAUGGGCAAGAGGAACAGCCAGCCAGACACUUCUAUUGAUGUAAACCAAGAGAACGUCCCCAGCUUUGGCACCCUCAAGUAUCCCCCCAAUGUGGAAUGAGCACUCCACUUCUGGACUCAUGGGCUGCAUCAUAGAGACACCUGUCCCCUCUCCCAACCCCCAGCUGCAUGUGCUCUGGUUCCCUUUCUUUUCCCCAGCCUUGUAACACUGCUGUGCUGUGAAUCCUUCCCCAUCUCUCUCCCCCUCUCCCCUAAUGGAGAAAUGCAGAGUGAGCAUCCUCAGUCCCAGUGGGCAUCGACUAUAGAUCCCCUUGGAUAAGGUUAGUGUCUACACUUAAAAACAUGACAUCUCUUUCCACUCCUCAACAAUAAAGGAUAUUCACAUAUGA